AUCACUUUUAAAGUGUCAAUUUAUAUUCCCUUCAAAAAAAUGUGGAGUUUUGGUUUCAUUAUGGUAAAGUCUAAGGUAGAGAUUGGGUCAACUUCUCAUUGCAGGUUUGUGCGCCGUUUAAAACGUUCCGCCACCGGGGCGACAUUUUUGGCCUCGUUACAAUCUCUGCCAUUUAUUCAGUAUAUCGUUUUACAGUUCUGAUAGUAAACAUAAUUAAUCGUGACGGGUUGAACUUCAUCAGAUAAAUGUCGGUAGAACUGAAACGUGAAGCUCUCUGCUUGAGGAGGAAACAAGCGCUGGACUAAUUAACGCUAAUUACCACGAGUCGCGUAAACUUCACUUAGAGUCACACAAAGACCUGGGAACCUUGGAGACAAGAAAGAAAGACAAAAAAAACCCAAUACAAAUUAAAAGGAGAUGAGUUACAACUACAUGAAAGCCAGACUGGCUUCUUUAGUUUUGAUAUUGAUGGCGCAGCGCUGUUGCUGCGUCUCCAGCUUUCAGGGGAAGGAAAAGCGGCUGCAAAACGCACAGCUGGCUUUACCUGCAGUCACCUGCUCAGUCCGCGGGAUUAAAGCGGUGUUUGGUCCGCUGGUCACGAAUAAACUGCAUGUCAGAGACCUGUCGGGUGCUCCGGUCCCUUUAAGUAAUUCUAAGGGGUCCUGUGGAGUGAAGGUGGGUAAAGAGAAGAACCAGAACCUCUCGCUUUUCAGCAGAUAUGACAGCUGCUAUGCAAGGAUAGAGGGCAACAAAGUGGUGGUCCCGCUGCUGGUCCAGUUGACAGGAGAGAACCGGUGGAUCAGAGUAAACAUCAGCUGUCCUCUGAUCAAGAGAAGCAGUCAGAAAACCCAGCCGAUGUCGUCUUCUUCUCCAGCUUCCCUCGGUGAAUGCAAUGCUGAUGAGUCCCUGCGUUUAAACUGUGGUCACCAAAGCAUCACCAGCAGCGCCUGUCAAAAAUUGGGUUGCUGCUACGACGCUCAGUCUACCGCCUGCUACUACAGACUUAACGCGUGCUCUCUGGACGGACACUUUGUGUUCACGGUCAAGGCUACAGACACCCAUCCGCCCAUUGACCCCAGCAGCCUUGCGAUCAAGAAUCAGCCUCACUGUUUGCCCGCAAUCUCAACUUCAGAUACUGCCGUCUUCAAGAUGGGAGUCAUGGACUGCGGCACGAAGAUGAGGAAAGAUGGCGAUCUGGUGAUCUAUGAGGUUGAAGUGGAGGAGCAGAACAAAAAAAAGAAAAGACAUUCAGCCUUCAGUCUGCAGGUUGAGUGUGAAUAUGACGAAUCGGAUCUGAAACAUGCAAAAGACUUGAGGUCUUUGUAUACCGUUACCAAUCCACCGGCUGUAGUGGCACAGGGAACCAUGAGGGUGCAGAUGAGAUUAGCUACAGAUUCUUCCUUUACCAACUUUAUCCAAGAAGACCAGCUUCCCCUAAAACUACCGCUGCGUCAGACGGUGAAUGUGGAGAUUUCCAUCGUCCCACCGUCCCCUGACCCUGCACUCUCGCUGCGUGUGCGAGACUGCUUUGCCUACCCCGCGUCCAAGCACUCUGUGUGGACCCUCCUCCAUGAUGGAUGUCCUAACCCUCUAGACACCAUGAGAAGCUCUGUCCCUGUGGACAACCAGGGGAAGACCACCACCUACUCUCAGGUCAGGCGCUUUGAUGUGAAGACCUUUGCCUUCUUGGACCCUGAUACUGGCAAACCAAGUGUAGAGCAGAUGUACUUCUACUGUUGGGUGGAAAUCUGCACAGAAGAUGUUGACUGUGCCCAGCGUUGUACUAUCAUCUCAUCGGAUGCGGAGCGACAGAGAAGGCAGACCCCUCCUGCAUCCCGCCAGGUCCAGCUCGUCUCCGUAGGCCCGCUUCAACUGGUCCACGAAAACGCAGAACUGGAUGACCUUCAGUGUGGAAAACUGAGCAAGCUGUUCAGAGUGAUGGUGUAUGUUCUGUCUGGCGUUGGUGCUGCCCUGCUGCUGAUCCUGCUGUUUGCUCUUUGGUCAAGCAUCCAAAGAUGCGGCUGCAAGCAGAGGGCCGCUACGCGAGACUUUAAAUAAACCGAAUACGUUGACCUGCAUUAUUAUUUGCAAUGAGUUUGUUUUUGUUACUACGCUCCAAGUUUAAGUUUACCUUCUAAAUCGUGUUUUUUGGGGAUUUAGAGGAAAAGGAAAUGAACUUCUGCAGCUCUUCUAAAAAUAAAGUGCAUUUCCAUUCUUGCUUUGUAUACAAUUUCAGCCUUGGGGCUUCUAUUUUUUUCAAUUAUGAAAAUCUUAAUAAAAUUACAGUUAUGAGAUUUUACACGGUUUCUGGUUAGUGAGAGACUAUGACGCAGUGGGUUUAAGAUCUCAAAGGCAUUUGAACCAAGGAACCUUAAUUGCGUCCAUUGUUGUACAAAGGCAGUUAUCAACUGGAUAAAUCAAUCUGGGUGUAGAUAAAGUACCGUUUGCACUUAAGCAGGACAAAGCUAAGAUGCAUAAGACAAGAACAGCUUUUAGAAUAGAAAAACUGUGUAUAUAGUUUUUCUUUUUCUGAUUUAUAGAUUUAUGCAAACAUGCCUCGGCACUACAUCCACUACCCUGCCACAGCUGGGCAAAUUGCAUCGCUGCACUCUCCUGCUAAUGUGCGUUUCCUUGACAACAAGAUGGAUUGGAUUAGAAGUGGGACAUCUAUAAAGAGUUGUUUGGAGUUGAUAAAAGCAAGUCAAAGUUAAGAUCAGAGAGCGAGCUCCAGCAGAAUGUCAAACACAUGGUGAGGAGCCUCUAGAAAUAAUUACAUUAAGAAGCAGGAUUCAUAAAAUUAAUAUAACUGGUCCUAAACAUGCAGGUUUUUGAUUAUCAUAUUAAACUCUGCAUCAUUUUCCUUUUAUUAUUCUUUGUAAAAGUAUAUUAAGAGCUCAGAAACUGCAGCUCUGAGGAGGAGUUGCGCCUCAAAGGCGGAGCUAGGUCCACCUAGGCGUUAUGUUUUCCACAGCUGAGUGGUUGCCACGGGAGAUUCAAGGAUUGAGCAUUAUAACAAGCUUUAUUGUUUCUUCAACUUGCUGCGAUCCUUUAUUUUUUUAAAAUCCCCCAAAGUCUCGCUUACUGAUAGUUUGACAGC